CACAGUGCACUCGAGGCCGCUGACCACAGCCGCGCGCGACGGGCUCCCACCUACCAGCACAGCGGAGACCUCCUGCAGUGCGAAACGACGCGUCGAGACAGAAGCAACGCACGUCCAGCUGGCUGUGGGUCUGCAGGCGCGUGGUAGCUGCACGUCGGCGACGGGGACCCAGCGGCAGCUGCCGCAGUGAUGACGAGGCACGGCGUGCCCCUGGAGUCGACGUCAGGACUCUCAGAUUCGAGUCCAGUCACUGUAAAGAUGACGAUCAUCAACGACGGGGAUACAGAGGCGCAGGUCCCGCAGAUGGAGGCCGUCCGGGACUCCAGCAGUGAGCAACAAGUCCACCGGCUCGCUGUGAUCGGGUGCGAGGAGCCGCGGCUCCAGAAGGGGACACCCGUGCAGCGUUUCUUCAGCGGCCGCUGUGUGCUGGUGACAGGAGCCACCGGCUUCGUGGGCAAGGUUCUGCUGGAGAAGCUGCUGCGCUCCUGUCCCGACGUCGACACCGUUUACGCCCUGGUCAGACCCAAGAAGGGACUCAGCGUCCAGCAGCGCAUCCAGCACAUCCUCUCCAAGCCGGUGUUCAGUAACAUCGGGAAGGAGCAGCGGGGACGCCUGGUGGCGGUGGCUGGAGACGUCGCGCAGUCGGGCCUGGGUUUGAGUCCCGACGACGCGGCGAUGCUGCGCCACAGAGUCUCGGUCAUCUUCCACGUGGCCGCCACCGUCCGCUUUGACGAGGAGCUGCAGGUGGCUGCGGCCAUCAACGUGCGAGGCACGUGGGAGGUGCUGCGCCUCGCCCGAGACAUGCCCAACCUCAAGGCGGUGGUGCACACGUCGACGGCGUACGCGCAGUGCGUGCGACGUCAGGUGCGUGAGUGCGUGUUUGAGCCGCCCAUGACGGCCGCUGCACUCCUGCAGCUCUGCGACAACCUCAGAGAGGACACAGGCGACCUUCGGAGGUUUCUAGGCUCGUAUCCGAACACUUACACCUUCACAAAAGCUGUUGCAGAGCAUCUUAUCCAGCAAGAAUUCUCUGACCUUCCAGUAGCCAUCGUUAGGCCGUCAAUUGUGGUGGCGACCAUGGCAGAGCCUUUCCCGGGCUGGGUAGACAGCCUGAACGGCCCCAUGGCUGUGGUGGCGUCAGCGUGCUGCGGCCUGCUGAGGAUCUUCUACUGCGACGUCAGGAAGCUGAUGAACCUGGUGCCUUGCGACAUGGUAGCCAGCUGCAUGGUCGCUGCCGCCUGGGACGUCGCCACCAACAGUCGGGAGUGCACUGGGCGGCCCAAGGUGUACAACUGCGUGACGUCAAGCGACGCGCCGCUGACGUACGGUGACUUCGUAAGCAGCGUUGGCCGCUGCGCGGCGGUCUGGCCUCCCAAGGCGGCGGUGUGGUGCUGCUCGCUAUGGGUCACCCGCCACCGGCCCGUCUACCUGCUGUGCCGGCUGCUGUUGCAGCUGCUGCCUGCCUACGUCAUCGACUACGUCGCGCUCCUCGCGCACUGGAAGCUGCGGCUGAGGGAAAAUUACAGAAAGGUACACAACUUCAACAUGGCGGUGGAGUUCUUCGUGAUGCGCGAGUGGGACUUCGAGACGGCGCAGACCGAAGCGCUGCGGUCGCGCCUCGCCGCCGAAGACCGCGCACUGCUGCCGUUCGACCCACGCCUCAUAGACUGGGAGAGCUACUUCGACCACUUCGUGUGCGGCGUGCGGCGCUUCCUCCUCAAAGACGACCUGGACUCGGUGCCCGCUGCCAGGCUGCGCUACAGGAGAUUGCUACGGCUGCACCAGAGUGUCAAGGUGGCGGCGUUACUGAUCGUCUUAGCUGUGGCGUGUGCUAUUAUCUACGCUGUUGUAUAUUGUUUCAUGUAAUCCUGUGAGGAGCUGAAGCAUAGUUUAUUAACAUUGGACCAAAGCAGUAACCAACAGUACAAAUGACAGAAUAUUUGUAGUUAAGAUGUGACACAGAGUAAUUAAGCGCAGCGACAGCAGUUAGCUCUAAUAUAGAAGUCCAUGUUUAUAGAUUAACUACAAUUUUGUAACAUACAUAUAAAACGCAGAUCUUAAACUAAAGUUAAACGGUUUAAAGUAAGAAAAGCAUAACGCAUAUUUUUAAUGAGAUAAAACCUAUGUAACAUGUAUCUGUCACCAAGUAGUCUCAUUUGUAUCCUUUCCUGUUUUGUAUUUAGGUGAUGAAGUUCUUAAAUAUAUAGCAAUUAUGUAAGUA